AUGAAAAAGGUGUAGCCUGGAAGAACGUGGACUAAAUAAGAAGAUAAUUAAUUACUUUAAGGAGUUGAAAUAUAUGGAAGAGAUUGGGAUAAGAUUGCUAAAGUGAUGAAUAUUAAAUCAAAACCAUUAUUAGAAGAGAGAUAUAAAAAUCUGAUAAAUUAAAAACCUAAACCUAUAUGGGAAUUAAAUGAAGAUAUUUUAUUGUUGCAAAUGGUUGAUAAACUUGGUAAAGAUUGGGAAAUGGUAUAAAAAGUUGUAAAAACAAAAGAUAUUGCUUCAUGCAAAAGAAGAUUCGCAAAAAUAAGAGAUUCUUGUUUAAAUCUAGAAGGUGAAGAUAAAGAUUUAGUUCUUUUAAAUUAAUAUUGGUAUAGAGAAGAUGAAGAAAUGUUACUAUUUUUAUAUGAAUUAUAUAAUGGAGAUUGGAGUGAGAUAUUUAAAAGAAUGCCUGAAAGAUAUCCAAAAUACAUUUAGGAUUAAUUUAAAUAAAAAGGAUUAGCAAAUUAAUUACACAAAUGGAAUAAUGAAAAGGAUGCUAGAUUAUUAACUUAUGCAUUUUAUGGGAUUCCAUUAAGUAAUUUUGAAUAAGAGACAGGAUUUUCAGUUCCUUAAUGUGAAGAGAGAUUAAAAAAAUUACUUUAUAAGAUUUCAAAGUCUUUAUAAUAACCCAAAAAGACAAAAGAAUAAUAACAAUUUGAUGAAAUUAUGUAAUUCAGUGAGACUAAAAGAAAACCAAAUAAAUCAAAUGAACCAAACUCAAUGAAUCAAUUAGAAAAUCAACAAUUAAAUUACUAUUCAGAAUUUUAAGCUGCGUUAAAUUAAUCGAAAUUUUAGAAAUAGAAUUAGACACAUAGUAAAAUUGCACAGAAACUAGAACUUGAAUCAGAAUUCUUAAAUGAUGAUGAUUUUGGAAUAGUAUUAGAUGAAGAUUUUGUAAGUGAUUGA